UUACCCAACUGGCUCUUCUGUUCAUGAAUGUGUAUACGUUUGUCAUUUUAAUUACUAUGUUUAUAAUGUAUAUUCCCUAAAUAACACAUAGAUUAGAAAAUAAACACAUAAAAAAUUAUUUGAUUUGAUAUUUGAUUAGAAAAAAGAAACGAAAGCAGAUUUAACAUGAUCAUGAUGAUUUACGGAAAUACCCAACUUUAACAGCUCAAACAAAAUGGCAGAUACUGUUACAACAAACACAUCAAAAGCACUUUAUCGUUUUUUGUGCAAGACCAUAGUUGGAACAGAACGUCAUGUUAACACAAUGAGACUACUGCAUACUAUCAGAGAUAGUGUGGUAAGCGACGAGCUCCGUACCCAGAUCACAAGUGGGAGUUUUGGUGAAGGGCUUGAGAUGAGAGGUAGUGAUUUAGAUAUGAUGUAUGUAUUUAAAUUCAUUGAGGUUUGUGAAGAUAUACAUGAUAUAAAAAAGCCUUUUAAUUUAAGGGUUGUAUAUUUUUCGAUGGACACAGAUGAUGUAAAACCUGGUUUCACUCAGUUGCUACUACAAGGUAAUAGUAAAUUUUUAUUCCAAUACAUUGAAGAACUUGAUGGAAAACAUUAUUUUUCGAGCACAUUAUAUAAAGAAGACCUUAUGAGGAAUACACAAAGUGUAGUUCAUGGACCCUGUGUAUCUGACCCAGACGGAACGUAUGACAAUGCCAGGAGCUUACAUUGUAAAAAAUGGAUAUCACCAGCAGUACCUUGGAUAACAAGAUCGCGGAACUCAUGGCCGAAGACUUGUGUCAAACAAAGUAUUAUCAAACACGGAGUACUUUUUGUACCAGUCGGAGUUAAGGGAUCACCCAAAGAAGAUAUAGAAUGGCGGAUAUCUUUUUCUGUUGGCGAAAAAUUUCUUAUUAAUACAUUCACGCACACUCAAUUAUUAUGCUAUGCCCUAUUAAAAAUUCUUUUGAAAGAUCUAAUAGCAACCGACACCGAAUGUAAAGAUUUACUCUGUUCAUAUUUCUUGAAAACAAUUAUGUUCUGGAUAUCAGAGGAAUUACCACUAUCCGUAUGGAAACCUGACAAUCUUAUACAUUGUUUUAUGCGUUGCUUUAGCAGGCUGAUAUAUUGUGUUGAGUAUUCAGCUUUGUUUCAUUACUUUAUUCCGGAAAACAACAUGUUUGAAAAUAGAAUAGAGGGGAGUUAUUGUGAAAUACUUUUGCAAAAACUAGUUACCUUGCAUAGUUAUGGUUGGCGAUGCCUUUUAUUUUCAGAUAAAUUAUCUAAUUUUCAUGCAUCAAUGUGGAUGGUUCAGAUUGAACCUCACGAAUUGCAUAUUAGCGAUGUUGAAAAAACACUGAAUUCCAGAUUAUUACAUUUGUCAAAUGAUAUGAUAUCUUUUUUUGUAUGGACACCAUAUUUAUCAUAUAUAUACAUAAGAGGAAUACACCAGAUAGUUUCCUGUGACGAAUCCUCACUAAAAUAUGCAUAUACAUACAACAUGUCAUUGUGGUGUGCGCAAUACGCACAAUUUUUUCCACUGAACAGUACUAGAAAAAGUAAUAAACACCAAUACAAACUGUAUAAUUCCUGUCUUUGUAUUCUGCUACAAAAUAUCUAUCAUGACGCUGUUUCUGGAUGGCUGAUGUUAGCUUCGUUUUUCUGUAAAGCAAAACAAUAUCGUAAAGCAUUACGCAUCAUUAUGUAUUCUAUAUCAAAAUGUACUCCCGAAAAACUGUGCCGCUUCAUGGAUAUGUCGGAUAUUCAUCACCAAUUACUCAAACUGAAAUCAUUCCAGAAGAAAAGUAUUGUUCAAUUGUGGAAAAUAAUAUAUGUAGAUGUUUUGCAUUUUCAAAGGACAUCUGCUUUAAUACCAGAUGAACUACAAAUGGAUGAAGAAUUAGGAUAUGGAUCAUUUUGUUUUCCAUCUUUAGCUUAUGCGUAUUUUCUUAAGUUCCUUUGUCAUUAUCAUCAAAAUAAUACCAUACAAUGCCAUAAUUGCAUCAAAUAUUUGAAAUCGAUUAUCACAUCAAACUAUUUUAUAAACGGUUCAGAUGAAGCUGAAGCCUAUAAUCUUCUUGGUAUAACUUUACGGAUGAUUGGCGACAUAGUAUCCGCCCGUCAAGCUUUCAUGCAGUCAUUUAAAUUAUUUCCAGUCGACAGAUGCAACGCUGCUGGAAAGCGACUUUCGUUAAUGAACUCAAACUUGUUGUGAUACAUGUAUAUAUAUAUAUAUACAGAUGUGCAGUGUAAAUGCAGAUAGUAGGGGAAAGGCCUAUUUCAAAGUGGUAUUUCGAUACAUAUAGGUGUUUUUUAGUAUAACAGCAAUACCAUAAUUUUAAUGAAAUCUUUGUUAUUAAUUUUUCCGGGAAAUGCGAUAACUACUUUAUAAUAUAACCAUGAAAAAAUCGUUAAGUACUUAAACCAACUAGUUUUCGCGAAGUAAUUGCAACUCAAUUUUCAAUGGAGUGUUUUGAUAUUCGUCUUUUUUUUAGGCAAUGGUGAUAACUACUUUUCCUCUUAAUUUUUAUGGUUUUUAUUGACUUUUUGACAUGUUAUUUAGCAUAUGUUUUAUUAUUUCGCAUUACUCCACAAAUGUUAAUGUCAAUGUAUUAAUAAAAAUAAGGAGAUAUA